AUGGCAUCCUUGUGCUUCAUCGCCGUGCUGCUGCUGUGCUGCGCGGUGGGACUGCAGGCUCAGACCGCAGUGCCCGUGGCGUUCUCCGUGGCUCUGAAAAGCGAUGACCAAGUGGCCAGCGACCACGGACCCUUCAACACGGACACCACGCUGGUCUUCAAGAGGGUGGUGACCAACUUGGGCAACGGCUAUGACGUCAACACAGGUAUCUUCACCGCCCCCGUCAAAGGUCUCUACUACGUCACUUUUACCGGUUCCGCCGGCGAGUCGGGGUCACUGAAUGCGGCGCUGAUUAAGAACGGCGUCAACAUGUUUGCCAUCUACGACAACAAGCACCAUCACAGCAGCGCCACCAACGGCAUGGCGCUGGCACUGGAGGUGGGAGACAAGCUGUGGGUCACCUUGUGGGCCAAUCAGAGGAUGUUUGACCAGAGCCGACUCAGCACUUUCAGCGGCUUCCUCGUCAGCCCCAUGUAAACACUUCCAGGUCACACAA